AAAACUCCGAGGUCAACCAGAAAGCGGAGAAGCAACUUUCGAUCUUGAAAAAGAGCAUCAUCGUCUCUCAUACGCCCAACCCUGUUUCUCCCCCCAUCACAGCCGCCAUUGAUGUUACUUCGACGCAGUCUUAACCGACUGCCUACUUCGCCCUGCUGGCUGUCGCGGUCGUCAGUCGCAGCGAUGCCGCUCCGCGCCCGCAUAACAGAUCCGACCUUCACAGGAGCAGCCACGUUUUCGACAGCUACAGAGAUUCCCAAAGAGCUGCCCGGCGAUGACCCUGACGAUGUCCUGUUUACCUCUCACUACGGCGUGCGGAUGAUCGAGCUCAAUCGGCCCAAGAAGCUCAACUCCUUGAACGGAUCGAUGGUGCGGAAGAUUGUGCCUAGAUUGAAGGAAUGGGAAAAGUCUCAAAUCGCCAGUGUGAUUAUGCUCUCCGGUGCAGGCACCAAGGCGUUCUGUGCUGGAGGUGACGUUGCAGCGUUAGCUCAGCUGAACCAGCAGGGCGCCGAGGGCCAGCAACAGUCGACAGAUUUCUUCGGGUUGGAAUACCAGCUCGACCACCUCAUUGCCACGUACUCGAAGCCCGUCAUCUCGGUCUUGGACGGCAUCACCAUGGGUGGCGGCGUCGGGCUGAGUGUGCAUGCCCCGUUCCGCAUUGCGACGGAACGGACGGUCUUCGCCAUGCCCGAGACCACCAUUGGAUUCUUCCCGGAUGUGGGCGGCUCGUUCUUCCUGUCGCGUCUAGACGGCGAGCUCGGCACGUAUCUGGGCCUCACGUCGGAGCGCCUGACAGGCGAGCAGGCGCUGUAUGCGGGCAUUGCCACGCACUACAUGGACUCGAGUGCGCUGCAGAACCUGACUGCCCGUCUGUCAGAGCUAGUCUUCAAGGACCACACGCCACUGUCGGAGCGACUCAAGCUGGUCAACAACACCAUGACCGAGUUCUCGAUGGGCCUGCCUGCCGGCAGCAGGAUCGAGUUGGGUCGUGGUCUCCGGACCGCAAUCGACCGGUGCUUCCAGUACAACACCGUUGAAGAGAUCAUUCAGGCGCUUGAGAAGGAGACGGCGCAGAAGGAGUGGGCGCAGAAGACCCUGGAGACGCUCUCCAUUCGCUCCCCGACCUCGCUCAAGGUCGCCCUGCGCCAGCUGCGCCUGGGCAAGACCUGGUCCAUCGCCGAGGCCUUCCAGCGCGAACACCACAUCGCCGCCCAGUUUAUGCGCCACCCCGACUUCGUCGAGGGCGUCACCGCCCGGCUUAUCGCCAAACCGGCGCGCGAACCCAAAUGGCAGCCCGCUACGCUUGCCGAGGUCUCCCAGCAGGAUGUCGACACCUUCUUCACCAUCCCUGAGAACCAGACACGGCUCCCGCUCCUCAGCGACACAGACUACAAUUCCUAUCCGCACGCCCACUUCGCCCUCCCCUCGGAGAAGGAUAUUGAGGCCUUCAUUCGUCAGAACGAUGUCCGGACCAACACCGCCGUCUUCCGCGACUUUGUAGACAAGUGGAGCCAGAAGGAUGGCGUCCAGCAGAAGGUGAUCGAUGUGCUGGCCAGGCGAACCGUCAAGACUGCCGACGGCCUGCGUUGGGUCGAGUAGUGCUCCUCUUUCUGAGCCGUGUAUUUUUUAUCCCUCUCAUACUUUGCAUACAUGCUAUAUCUGGUUGCGUAUAAAACAUCAUAAUUCAUUGGACAUCGAAUUUAACCCUCAAUCUUCCAUACC